UGUGUGUGUGUGUGUGUGUGUGUGUGUGUGUGUGUGAGACAUCCAAAGUCGAAAUUUACAUUCAGGUAUGUAAAUGUUUGUGUUUCUGUAGGAAUACCAUUGAUAGAAGAUCUUCUGCCUCUUCCCAUUUGACCUAUUAUAUAAUCUUUUGUUUUAGAGCAGUCCAUUCAGUUCUCAUUCUGUGUGUGUGUGUGUGUGUGUGUGUCCAAAAUACCCAAGGAAAAGUUCCCUGCAGCCUUCCUAACUUGCAUUGUUUCUCCUCAUUUGACUGUUGUUUGAAUGAGUCGAGUACUCUUGUCAUAAACAGUCCUCUAUGUGUCAACUCUCCAUGACGUUGACUGACAUGGAGGAUGAUACAUUUUAAAUGACUUAAAGUUACAAUUGCAGUAGACUCUCUAACGGCACUAUACAAUAGAUCCUAGACUGACGGGCUGUGGUUGCUUGAGUCAACAGCAACCUGGCAUACGAUACUGUUCCGUUUUCCCCAUCCAGACAGUUUCUCCCUUGAAUCCAUUUGUUCCCGUUUCCCGUUGGUCAUGGGCUAACACAAUGGGUCCCUAAAAUAGCUCCAGAAAGGGUGUGCUUAUGGCCAAGGAAAGAUGUGUGGAAGGGAACACGUGUGGUGGCCGAGGGGCCGAGUGGGAGCGGAGGGCGUUGUUGUGGAGAGGAACUUAUCUUUGCCCUUGGAAUGGAGAAGACUUACAAUGGGCCGGAUGUCUGGAUGAAUGUUGCCUUUUGUAAUGGAUUUAUGUAUUUGGCUUUUAUCUAUUAUUUUUAUUUAUUUGGGAGUGGGCAACCAGCCAGAAAAGUGUAAAGUGGUCCAUGGGGGGCUGGAUCUAGUUGAGGAUGUGACUAAAGGAGAAGAGCAAUAUCAGCCCAUCAGUGAAGCGAACGGGACACACUGACUAGCAGCUUUUUAAGUAGUGUCCCAUCUACUCUCACAGCUUAUGCUCUGUCCCCCAGUCUCGUGAGCUCAUUAUUUCAGCAGGUUGUUCAGUUGUGAACAACCUGCUGAAAUAGCAUGUGAUUCCCUUCACAUGCUUGCCUUCAUGGUCUCGGUUCCACAAUUUUCUAUUAUGUCUUCCUCUAUUGUAUGUCAUCAGAAUGAUCUAGUCCACAGUCCAUUGUUUGUCUUAAACUGUUGUUCCCUUUUGGGUAAAGUCUUAUCUGGGAAGAAAUGAAUUUGGAGUGUAAGCAGGAGUGUAGAAACUGGUAGCCUCCCAGCGGGAGUUCCAUGCCCUGAGAGAGCGCCUCCGUGUGGCGGAGCACAGGACCUUGCAGCGCUCCUCCGAGCUAAACAACAUCCUGGAGCAGUUCCGCCGGGCCAUCGCCGAGACCAACGGCAGCAAGGACGCCAUCUCCAACUUCUCCGAUGAGACUCAGAAGCUGCUGAAGGAGCUGGCCAGUCGGAAGCCCCUGCAGAUCCCAAACAUUUACCACCACCUGCCUCACCUGCUCAACAAUGAGGGCAGUCUGCAGCCCGCAGUGCAGGUUGGCCUGGGACGCACCGGAGUCUCCAUGGUGAUGGGUAUCCCGACGGUGCGGCGCAAGGUGAAGUCGUACCUGGCCGAGACGCUGCAUUCGCUCAUCGACAAACUGUCGCCGGAGGAGAAGCUGGACUGUGUCAUCAUCGUCUUUGUUGGAGAGACGGAUGUGGACUACGUUAACAGUGUGGUGGCCGGACUAGAGAAAGAGUUCUCCACAGAGUUCAGCUCGGGCCUGCUGGAGCUCAUCUCCCCUCCCGCCGCCUACUACCCCGACCUGACCAACCUUAAGGAGACCUUCGGGGACUCCAGGGAGAGGGUCAGGUGGCGCACCAAACAGAACCUGGAUUACUCUUUCCUCAUGAUGUACGCUGUCAGCAAAGGAGUGUAUUAUGUACAGAUGGAAGACGACAUUGUUGCGAAGCCCAACUACUUUGCUACCAUGAAGAACUUCGCCCUGCAGCUAUCCUCUGAGGACUGGAUGAUCCUGGAAUUCUCUCAGCUGGGAUUCAUUGGAAAGAUGUUCCAGGCCCCCGACCUCAACCUGAUCGUAGAGUUCAUCUUCAUGUUUUAUAAGGAGAAACCCAUCGACUGGCUAUUAGACCACAUUCUCUGGGUCAAAGUCUGCAAUCCUGAGAAGGAUGCGAAGCACUGUGAGCGGCAGAAGUCGAGUCUGCGCGUGCGGUUCAGGCCCUCGCUGUUCCAGCACGUGGGCCUCCAUUCUUCCCUCGCUGGAAAGAUUCAAAAACUCACGGACAAAGAUUUCCUGAAACCUCUGCUUCACAAGAUCCACGUCAAUCCGCCGGCUGAAGUGUCUACCUCGAUGAAGGUAUACCAGGGCCACACCCUGGAGAAGACCUACCUGGGAGAGGACUUCUUCUGGGCCGUCACCCCCACCGCCGGAGACUACGUCCUCUUUAAGUUUGACAGACCGGUUAGCAUAGAGAGGUUCCUGUUCCGGAGCGGCAACCAGGAACAUCCAGGGGACCGGAUAAGGAACACCACGGUGGAGAUUCUGCCCUUCUCGGAAGCUUCGGUCAAGGCGAAAGAGAAGUACAAGCGAACAGAAGACCGCUUUUACAGAAUAGGUCAGUUUGAAAAGGGUGUGGCCGAAGGAGCUGUAGAUCCCGUCUUCAAUCCGAUAGUGGCGCUGCGUCUGUCUGUCCGCAGAGAUUCCGCAGUGUGGGCCAUCGUCAGUGAAAUCCAUAUAAAGAGGAUAGCGGGCUAACAGACUUUUUGGGGGGGUCACAUAAAUCACCGAUCUCCAGGGCCUCUACGUCCAUGAAGCGGCUCACAUGGGCCCUUUGGGGCCUAGUAACCAGCGGUGACACCAUCACAACCCACUAGAGUCUAUAUUUGAGCCUUUCAGAUGAAAUCUAUAGCCAUCUCUCUCUCGGUUCUUGGUUCUCGGUUCUCUCAGUUGGUUCUCGUUUCUCGGCCCUCUCUCUGUCAUAUUGCUGCCAUUUUUCUCUUCUUCCAUGUCUAUUUUUGGCGACUAUACCCACAGUCCACAUUUUUUCCACCAUUUUUGCAACUUUCUGUUGCUCCAAGUCUAUAUGUUUGAAUGUGAUUACUACUGAAUAACGGGCUCUGGCUCUUCAGAAGACCAAUCAGCUUUGAACGCAAUCAGAUAAUGUUGGCGAAUGGGAACAAAAGUCCAUCUGAUUAGACCGAAUCAUAUGGCGGCUGACGUGCUUUCUUGGACCCUAUUCGGUUGCUUGAUGCGGUCGCCACCUAUGGGCAGACAUGGGUAUUGCGGCAUAAAUGAUUCCACAACAGAGCCCCUGAUGUAAUGCAGAAUUUUAUCAUCACAGAUGGCCUCCUGCUCACCAGUCUCGAUAUAAACUUGGCUUGUAGCAGGGUGACAAUGGAAAGAAAAUACAUGUUUUUACAAAUCUUUUAGGGGAUAACAGUAGUUUAGUCCCACGGAAAUAAUCAGGAUUAUCUUAAAAUAGGUCCAGGAUGCGCCAAAUGUUCCCUAUCCUGACUGAAGUCAAUUGGUGACAAAUUGCCUUUGGUUUACAUUGCUUGGUAAUGUUCCCAGUCAAUCACGUAAAACUAGAAGAAAUCCAUAUCGUUCUUUUAUUACAAUCUGCCUCAUGGGUAGUGUUUGACCUGAAUGUCAUAUUUGAGCAAACUACCCAGACAUUGUCCUGGGGUUGUUUUCUUAAAGGCUUAUAUUGAUAUAUUGUACAACUACGACGAUCUAUGAAGGUGACUUAAUUUAUUUGAAAUAAAAAAUUAAUUUGUACAAGAGCUUAAAUAUAUAUUUUUUAAUUCUAUAAAGAAGUGUUUAUGAUAGUUUUAAGCGUAUUUUAUGAGUCUUUUUCAAAGCAGCCCAUGUCAUUUCUUUGAUUAUCUUUUUUUUUGCUGGUUUUCAUUGCUCUGUUCAAACUGCUGUAUUUCUUUCAUUUAAAUUUUGCUUUGUAUUUUUUUUUUAACCUCCAGCCAAACCUUGUAAAUAAUAAAACAAUAAUUAAUUCUAAAAGAUGAACUAAAGGGGUUUAGACAAACUCUAGAAUGAAGUUCUGGAUCUGCAUCUGUGCAAAACGUGUACAAAGGAAAUUGUGCCUUAUAUUCGGGUCCUUGGAAAUGGCCUUGGCAGAAUUAUUAAAAUCGUUUCUCUGCUUUUUGGCUCGUUUCGUUGGUGGAGUGCAGUAAUAAUCAGUGAAAAUAUAGUUUCAGGUGUGUUUGUGACUAGUCCUUUCAUCAUUCACAAGACACCGUGUAAAAAGGAGGCUUAGAUUGACAACAAAAAAAUGUGAGGUAUGCACUGGUUUUAUUUGUUUUUGCUGCACAAGAACCCAUCUCUAAAUAAGAUCAACCCAAAUGUCUUUAUACCAUGGCAUGCUUUUAUUUUUUACCAAACCGGUGAUGUGGUGUUGUGAUUGGCACGAUAUUUUGAUUAUUGUAUUAUUAUUUUAUAUAUAUAUAU